AUACCACGCUUAGUGUUAAUACAGUGGUAUACGAAUUUAACACAAAAACUCAAAAGUGGAACACACCAAAUAUUUCAGGAACUCUACCAAAAAGACGAAAGGAAAUUCAGAUUGUACAGGACAAUUCAGGCAAAGUGUAUAUGUUUGGAGGAUUAGCUAAUCCUUCAACAGGUUCUACGAAAACAAAAUGGUUCAACGAUAUGAACAUUUUAGAUAUCAUUGAAAUGUCUUGGUCAAAAGUUUCAAAUUUCAAUAAUAAUACACCUCCACUACAAGCUGAUUUCACCGCCACCAUGCUGAAUAAUUCAGUCAUCGUAUAUAUAGGUGGAAGACAGACUACUUCAGCAUCAGGGAAGACUAAAAGCUAUAGGAGUAUGGAAGAAAUUUGGACGUAUGAUACUAAGAAUGCGUCUUGGACAUUAGUCACUGCGAUUGGAGAUGUUCCUGGUGUUCGUAUGGGCCAUUCUGCAGUUUUAGCGUUGGAUGGUCGAAUCAUUGUAUUUGGUGGAUACGGCCAAAAUUCAUCUUCUGCCGAUCCUCAGCUUGCCGUUCUCGACACUUCAACCUCACCAUUUCAGUGGUCACUUCCUAAUGUCUCUAAUCCUAUUCCGCCGGCAUUAGCUUAUCAUUCUGCUACUUUAAUAGGCGAUCUGAUGAUAGUAGCAUUUGGAAACAUCACACAACAGACAUCAACAACGUCCGGCGCAACACCUGACAUUUAUAUCCUUAACACUAGUGAUUAUACAUGGGUUACUUCUACUGACGCCAAAAUUCUUUCAUCUUCUCCAAUCAAUGACACGACACCAACCGAAAAUCCUUCUCUAACUUCAAUUUCAACAACUUCAACAACCAUACAAGACUAUACGACACAAACACCUUCAACCACGAUUGUUUCGACUCCGGAAAAUGGUGUGAUAUCACCUCAUACGGCAGUGGUAUUAGGU